AAGUUGGCAGCACUUGAUCAGUGGCUUGAAAAACAGAAGGAAAGAAAGUAGAAAUGAAGCAACAGGUUAAAAACUGUUAGUUAAGUGGCGCAUUCGUAGAACGACAACAACACGAAAGACACCCGAACUGCAGACGAGAACACAUUUUGAUUAUUGAAAAAGAAGCGUGCAAUAUUAUUUACCAACAGAGGUUAAGACAAAGCGAAGCGUUAAGAACUAAUACAGUUUGAACGCAUCAGUGCGGUUAUAACUGUUUUCAGUUAGCAGUUGCUGUUGUUGUUGUUGUUGGUGCAGCUGCGUGCACAGAAUUUGUGAAAAGAGAAAGUUGUGAUCGCGACAGAAGAAGAAGAAGCGUCUUCAGCGAGUUUAACCAAUUCGAAUUUGGGUUAACGCGGAUCAUCCCGACAGAGAUGGGCACCAAACAAACAGUUGCCCACAAACAAGCCAAUGGACAUGGACAUGGCAAAGGCAAGAGCCUGGAUUCCACUUCCACUGUCUCCAGCUCCAACUCCAACUCCACUUCCCCCACUAUUACCACUUUCGGGAAGACAAAUGGACACGUCAGUUCGCGUAAACGGGAUGUGAAUGCAUUGCCAGCACAAAAGUCCGUGGUGGUCGCCUACUUGCUGUGGCUCUUUGGCGGCAUCUUUGGCCUGCAUCAUUUGUAUUUGCAUCGGGAUCGUCAUGCGUUUGUCUGGUGGUGCACCCUUGGUGGUUACAUGGGCGUCGGCUGGUUGAGUGAGGUGUUUCUCAUACCGGAAUAUGUGCGGGAUGCCAACGAGGAUCCGCGCUUUGUCAAGACGUUUGUGGCCAAGCUGCAGGCGUAUCAGCGUCCACCUUAUUCGGCCAAGCGGUUUCUGGGUCAGAUCAUGAUUGGCUAUUUGUUUGGCCAGCUGUGCGCCUCGGCCAUACCGCAGACCGUCACCGCGGGCAUUGACUUCACCUGGCUGCACUGGUGCAUUCCAUUUUUCAUCUCGCUGGGCGUUUGGACCGUUGGCAACAUUGGACGCGAAUGCGGCGCUCUCUGGCCCUGCAUUCUGGGUGCAAUUGUCACGUAUCCGGCGCGUUAUUUCAUCUAUGAUGAGACAUACUCACUGCUGCUGACCGCACUCAUCUCAGCGCUGGCCUUUGAUGCCGUCUCCAAACAGUGGCGUCGCACUCCGCCACGCAGGCGCAGUCCAACGGAACGCACACUGAAGUUUACCGGAGCCCUAUGCAUUUACUUUAGCCUGUGGGGCUGUGUGAUCCUCUUCAAUGGCACGAUUACGGAUGAGGAUGGCGGCGAAGUGCCCAUACAUGAGGCCCUACACAAUUUCCUUGCCUCCGCGUGGUGGACGGAUCUGAAGCAGGCGUUGCUCGACACCUACAACUAUGCCCAGCAUCAUGGCUGGUACGAGACGUGGCGCGAGGUGUUCGAGAGCAUGGACGUGGAUGGCGAACGGAAUGCCUACAAGGUGCUGGGCGUGAGUGCCACCGCAUCCCAGGCAGAUAUCACCGCUGCCUAUCGCAAACUCUCGAAAGAGAAUCAUCCCGAUAAGGUCAAGGAUGAGACACUGCGUCCCGCUGCCCAUCAGAGGUUCAUUGAGAUCCAGCAGGCGUACAGCGUGCUCAGCAAGAUCAAGUCGAACCGACGACGCAAGAACAAGCAAUACAGCGAUGAGGAUGCCAUCGUGCUCUAAUCUAAUCUUAGUCCAACAACUUAGUCUCAAUCUUUAAUUCUAAACAGUGCUUUUUUUUCUUAAUAUUUUAUUAUUAUUUGUAUUUAACAAUUACAUAUGUAAGAUAAAUUAUUUAAAUGUAACUAUGUACUUAAGCUCAAAUUGUGUAACGUGGCAAUGUGACUAUUUGACAAUGUGACGCAGUCUUCUUCCAUGUCCAAUUCACCUGACAAAUCAGAGCGUGACUUGUCAUUCAGCCUCUGGGCCAUGACAUGGCAUUUGGUUAUGUGGUUAUUAUACCCACAGCUCGGCAAUAAAUUAACAAAUACUAUAUAA